UGUAUGUGUGUGUGCGUGUUUGGGUGCCACAGCAGCAUUUCUCCACUGCCCUUGUUUUGAAGUAGAUUUGAUUAACUUUCCCAACAGACGCGCGACUCUGAGUAGGAGAUGUGGUGUAAAAAAAAAGUGUAAUUUACAAUUGAAUUCAGACUCUCUUACCUCCCACUCCUGCUGCCAGUGACACGCGCACACACAGAGAGAGAAUCCUCGGAGCAUCAUUGCUGCCGAUGCUUGUGGACAUACUGUAUUGAGCGCUUGGGCGGCGGGCUGUAUUGCUCCGGUCUGUAGCCUCGUGCACACACACACGGCGGCUGGCAGGCACAAGUUGGGAGAGCACCGUAGGAGGAAGAGUUUGUCAGACUUGCACAGUCUGAGUAACACUUCAGAACCAAGGACAGAUCCAAACCGCUGGCUCGCAAACAUGCUCCAAGUGGACAACAUCUGGACUCUGCUCGUCACAUGAAGCUCUUCACGUUGACUGUGUAUUGUCGUGCUGCUGGUGGAAAAAGAGACCUUGCGUUUUUCAUCCGGCAAGACACAUCUAGUGCUACAGCCAGGAAAUAUCAAUCAUGCUGCACCCACUGAGAGAAGACUUCAAAGUGAUCUGCCUCCAGACUCUGUGAGCCUCUGCUCCUCUCUACUUUGACCAGCUGAACCCUGCUACCUGAUCCUGCCAUGCUGAGUGUAGUGCUCUGCCCCAGGUCGUUGGCCAAUUUUGCCCAUUAUUGGCCGCUCCACAUUUUCCUGCUGGAGCUGCUGAUACCAGGAGUCCUGCCCAGCAUCUCCAGAUUACCCCCUGCGGCCAAACGUGAGAUCAUCAUGGAUGGGGAUUUGGUGAUUGGAGGCCUCUUCCCUGUGCACCACAAAGGCGAUGGGACGGAGGACUGCGGAAAGAUCAACGAGGAGAGGGGAAUCCAGAGACUGGAGGCCAUGCUGCUGGCACUCGAUGAGAUUAACUCCAGCGAUCGCAUCCUUCCCGGACUCCAGCUGGGGGCCCACAUCCUGGACACUUGCUCGAAGGACACCUACGCUCUGGAGCAGUCUUUAGAUUUCGUAAGGGCCUCCCUCACCAAGGUGCAAGAUCCAGGCUUCAUCUGCCCAGACGGCUCCAGACCCGUCCAAAACGAGGUGCCACUGGCCAUCUCUGGGGUGAUUGGAGGGUCUUACAGUGACGUCUCCAUUCAGGUUGCCAACCUUCUGCGACUGUUCCAGAUCCCUCAGAUCAGCUAUGCCUCCACCAGUGCAAAGCUCAGUGAUAAAACCCGCUACGACUACUUCGCCCGCACCGUGCCCCCAGACUUCUAUCAGGCCAAGGCCAUGGCUGAGAUCCUGCGUUACUUCAACUGGACCUACGUCUCAACAGUAGCAUCAGAGGGUGACUAUGGUGAGACUGGUAUUGAUGCCUUCCAGCAGGAAGCCCGCACUCGUCAAAUCUGCAUCGCCACAUCAGCCAAGGUGAGCCGCUCUAUGAACCGCCAGGGCUAUGAGAAUGUGAUCCGCUCCCUGCAGCAGAAGUCCAACGCCAGGGUGGUCAUCCUGUUCACCCGCAGCGAAGACGCUCGUGAGCUGCUGGUGGCUGCUGCUCGCAUGAACGUCUCCUUCAUCUGGGUGGCCAGUGAUGGAUGGGGAGCGCAGGAGAGUGUGGUGAGGGGCAGCGAGACAGCAGCAGAUGGUGCUUUCACCAUUGAACUGGCCUCCUACCCAAUCAGAGAGUUUGAAGAUUACUUCACCAAGCUUAACCCGUACACCAACACAAGGAACCCAUGGUUUAAAGAGUUCUGGGAGCACCGGUUUGGCUGCAGCCUCCAAGAGCAUGGCUGCAGUGAGCACAGCCUGCGAGAUGGAACAUUUGAACAAGAGUCCAAGAUCAUGUUUGUGGUAAAUGCAGUCUAUGCCAUGGCCUACGCUCUGCAUAACAUGAGGCAAGCUGUGUGCUCCAACACAUCCAAAGUCUGUGAUGCAAUGAAACCAGGUAACGGCAAACGGUUCUACAAGGAGUUCAUCCUGAAGACCAAGUUUGAAGCUCCAUUCAGACCUGUAGACACAGAGAACAUGGUGCGCUUCAACUCCGUUGGUGACAGCAUCAGCCGCUACAACAUCUUUCACUACCACAAAGAGGAGGGUAAGUUCGUCUACAAGAAGGUCGGCUACUGGGACCAGAACCUGACCCUGAACACCACCAUAGUGUCCUGGCGUGGCCUCAUACCACCCACCUCCCAGUGCAGUGACCCCUGCAAGAAGAAUGAAAUAAAAAGUAUGCAGCCUGGGGAUGUGUGCUGCUGGAUCUGUAUCCCCUGUCAGCCCUACCAGUACCUGCAGGAUGAGUUCACCUGUGCUGACUGCAGCUUUGGUCAGUGGCCUCUGGGUAACUUGACUGGCUGCUAUGAUCUGCCUGAAGAGUACAUCCGGUGGGAGGAUGCCUGGGCCAUUGGGCCUGUUACCAUCUCCUGCCUUGGUAUACUGUGUACUCUGUCAGUAGUGGGCCUGUUCUUCAAGAACAAUGAAACACCUGUGGUUAAAGCAAGUGGACGUGAACUCUCCUACAUCCUCUUGCUGGGGGUGCUGAUGUGCUACAGCAUGACCUUCAUCUACAUCGCCAAACCUUCUACUGCUGUUUGCACUCUACGUCGACUAGGCCUAGGCACCUCAUUCGCAGUGUGUUACUCCGCCUUGCUAACCAAGACCAACCGCAUCGCUCGAAUCUUCAGCGGGGUGAAGGAUGGAGCCCAGCGGCCGCGCUUCAUCAGCCCAGCCUCCCAGGUAGCGAUCUGUGGCGCUCUUAUCUCCUGCCAGCUGCUCGUGGCCGUUAUCUGGCUGCUGGUGGAGGUGCCAGGGGUUCGGAAGGAGGUGGGCCCGGAGAGGCGAGACGUGGUCACCCUCAAGUGCAACAGCAGGGACUCCAGCAUGCUCAUGUCACUCACCUACAACUGUAUCCUCAUCAUCCUCUGCACUGUCUAUGCCUUCAAGACACGAAAGUGCCCUGAAAACUUCAAUGAGGCCAAGUUCAUUGGGUUCACCAUGUACACCACCUGCAUCAUCUGGCUCGCUUUCCAGCCCAUCUUCUAUGUCACUGCCAGCGACUACAGGGUGCAGACCACCACCAUGUGUAUUUCCGUCAGUCUGAGUGGUUCGGUGGUUCUCGGCUGCCUCUUUGCCCCCAAGAUCCACAUCAUACUGUUCCAGCCCCAGAAGAACGUGGCCACACUCAGAGUCACAGCCAACCGUUUCAGUGCCACAGUGUCUGCUUCUGCCUCCGCUCCCAGCUCCAGCUACUCUAAAGGAUCAGCCUCUAACUACGUGCCAGCAGUUUGCAACGGCCGCGAGGUGGUGGACUCUACAACGUCCUCUUUGUGAAAACAGGUUCCUCACUAAGCACAAGAGACCAUCCCACCCUCAGACACCCCUUCAUCAAACAGGCCUGUGUAUGAUGGAGUGCCCCCCCUCCCCUCCCCCUUCC